AUGAAGUUUGGGAAGCAAAUCCUGAAUCAACAGACCACAGAAUGGGCCUCCUAUUACAUCAACUAUAAGGCAUUGAAAAAGAUUAUCAAUAGCCUACAAAAUCACGAACGAUCGUUAACCCCCAAUCCCAUCACCAUCGGAACUUCACGGACCUCUAAUUCUGAUCUCGUGCAAGCAGAUAAUUAUCCUGAAUUUCUACAACAGCAGAAGGCCAACUUCUUUUUUAAACUUGAACGUGAAUUGGAAAAAGUAAACGCUUUCUAUCUUCAAAAAGAAGAUGAAUUCAAAGUCAGAUUACGCACAUUGAAUGAUAAGAAAAGAAUCUUAUUAGGCAACGAAAGAAGACCUUCUGCUGUUUCCACUUCUCUGAUCACUUUAAAGGAGGCAUUUCAAAAAUUCCAGCAAGAUCUUAACAAGUUGCAGCAAUUCGUGGAAAUAAAUACAACAGGAUUUAGUAAAAUAUUGAAAAAAUGGGACAAACGAUCCAAAUCUAGGACAAAGGAACUUUACCUUGCUGGUCAAGUAAAGAUUCAGCCCUUCUUCAAUCGAGAAGUUAUCGCUGAUCUGGCUGAUGGCGCUGAUAAUAGUUUGUCAGAACUUCAGACCCACAUUCACGGUUUAUCCUCUACUACCCCCUCAUCUGCUCCCACCUCUCCUGAACGAAGGUUGUCGAUAAGCGAACCCGGGGAACCUGACGUGAUGAAUGACAUUGAAACGGAACUUUUCAGAUACAUCAUGGAAGGCGCAACAUCAACUGUACAAGAAAUAUUGGACAGAGUUCGGCAGCGUCCUAGUGAUGAGGACAAAGAUAUCCUGUCUCGUGUAUUCUGGCGUGCAUGUUCUGAAGAAAAUUCUUCGAUCGAAUCCAUAAAUUGUUUGGUCGACACUAACAUGGUUAACUUCAAAUAUAUUGACGAUAUUAGCGAUCGGACGUGUUUGCACGAAUCCGCCAUUUUUGGAAAACUACCGCUAAUGAAGAUUUGUGUCGAGCACAAUGUCAAAGUGAACUGUUCCGACGUCUAUGGUCGGAAACCAUUACAUUACGCUUGCAUGUACGGUCAUAGUGACGCUGCCACGUAUCUAUUGUCCAAGGGUGCAGAUUGUGAAUGCUUUGAUCAUGACGGAUUCAGCCCUCUAAUUUAUGCCAUUACAAACGGUCACACUAAAUGUGUAGAGAUUUUGCUCGAGAAAGGUGCCAUCAUCGAACCACAUAGUGGGAAAGGUCAUAAUCACAUUCCCCUAUCAUUGGCAUGUCAAUUUGGCCACAAAGACAUAGCCUUAUUGUUACUUGCCAAGGGUGCACGAAUUAUAGCCGAUGCAGAUGGUCUUUUCCCCCUGCACUUGACAUCUCGCAAGGGUCACCAUGAACUAUCCAAAAUCCUAACAGAAUACGGUGAUUUCUUGAACACACCUGACAAUGAAGGAUGGUCACCUAUCUUCUACGCUGCAAGUGAAGGUCACGUUGAAUGCGUCAACGUGUUGAUUCAAGCUGGCUGCCAGGUGAAUAUAAAGGAUUAUUUAGGUCGUUCUCCAAUCUAUUACGCUGCCUGGGAAGGACACAUAGAAUGUAUUGAUAAGUUGCAUCUAGCCGGUGGACGAGUUGAAUCAGAAGAUGAGCCGAUGGUAGAGGAUGCGACAAACCUCCUUGAUGAUCGUUCAGAAAUAAAAAGUGGUAUCGAUCUGAUACCUUCCUUGCGUCUACCACCGCCCAUUAUGCCCCUUCCAAUUUAUGGACACAAUUACCUGGAUAAGAAGUAUCAUAUCCAAAUUACGCUCGGACACCCUUCGAUCAAACCACAAAGACCACCGGUGCACCUGUACGGUAAUAGUCAUAUCUCAUCUUUAAAACUUUUGAUUACUCCAAAUCCGGGUAUGGGAAUGGUUCCUCUCAGUAUAAUAUUACCCUUGGGCGAUGAUCGGAAGGUUUUUUCCUUUCAGAUUGAUUCCCUGGAAAAUUUUUCGUUGGACUUUAAUAUCUUUCCCACUUUCGGGUCGAAAGUUAUUGGAAAAGGUGUUGCAUUACCACACGUGUUUGACAUUUCAAAUGACCGUGAAAGAAGGAAUAAUUUAGUUGCAGGGGGUACAGGGGGAAAAUAUAUUUGCCCUUUAUUUGAUACCUACUUGAAAGUUGUCGGAGAAUUGUCUUUUGAAUUUGCAAUUGUGAAACCUUUUCAAGGUGUGCGGCUAGAAAUCGGAGGACAGGUGGAAACAUAUUGGAGGUCAUUAUUGAAACAACCACCCAAUGUCAGCGGAAGUGUAUCCUCCUUCGUGACGACCUCUUCCCUAUCAGGUGAAUACAUCCAUCUUGUUGUGCAAGUGACGAGGGAUAUUGUGGCCAUUGUUUAUCCAGAGUGGAUGUUACCAGUGAAUGGAUUUGAUUUAAGUGUAUCAGAUGUCACAUACGAACAAUUCAGGUCAAUUAAUAAUGAUCGCAAAGAAAAUUUUAACCCCUUUAAUGCAUCAAGUUCUGCCGAAUUACAAAAAAUGAUUCACCAAGCUUACCUCUCCUUGGAAGAAGUUUUGAAGAAGUUGCCAUCAAAUAUUGGGGUGAAUCUCGAAAUUAAAUAUCCUACAGUUUAUGAAAUGACCCGAUACUGGUUUUCCGAUAUACCCGACAUAAAUAGUUAUGUGGACACUAUUCUGCAGACUGUAUACGAUCACGUGCAAAACAAUACAACCAGUAACAAUUCGGGAUCUUCGAAUAAACCUACCAAUCGAUCCGUGAUUUUCUCUUCAUUUAACCCCGCGAUUUGCACCGCUCUGAAUUGGAAACAACCGAACUUGUUUUUCAAUUCAUUCUGCGGAUUCGAAAAUGAAAACGUUAAUCGCGGCAAAAAACGUAAAGAACGAGAUGGUGAUGGGAAUGUUAGCAAAGACGCGGUGUACGAAGAUAUCAAACGAGAUAAACGCUGUACUUCUAUCAAAGAAGCCGUCAAAUUCGCUAAAAUUAACAACCUCUUGGGACUAAUUUGCGAAGCAACGUUAUUGGAGUACAUUUCCGAUAGAAAUCACAUACACAUGAACGGUACAAUAUGGGUAACUCUGACCGAAUAUGUAAAAUAUCUUGGGAAAGAGGGCAUUUGUAAUGUUGAUGAAACGCCCAAAGGGUGGUACGUCAGUUGGAUCGAUAAUAGUCCGAAGGCGUUGGCCAGACAGAAAUUCACUGAGCUUAAAAGAGAUAAUGAAGAUAAGAUAAAACUUAGUAUUUCUCUCACUAAAGCCGAAACAUCCACCCCAACCCCUGCGACGUCCUCCACAUCUUUAGCAACUACGCCUGCUACUAAUAGUUCUGUUGCCUCGACAACCCACACUAGCAUCUCUUUCAAUAAACCUGUUUCACAAAAGAUGUCCCUUAGUGCUCUGGUAAAAAAAUCCAAUGCUUUAAUGAUACCAAAGAAAGAAAAGGAAAAGGCUCCACCAAAAAAGUUGAGCGCAAUGGAACAAAUUAUUCUAGACGAAACAGAAAAAAAGAAAAAAUUGGAGAGUCAAAAUGGAAACGGAAAUGGAAGUAAGGCCAACAUCAGGAGAAAGGAUGAACUGAAGAGUAGAGAUUAUAAAGACAGGGAUAGCCGAAGGGAUUAUAGAGAAAGGGAUGAUAUUGAUAGGGAAGAUAGAGAAAAGGAGCGGGAGUACAGAGAAAAGGAUAGAAAACAUAGGGAAAGAGGCCGAGAUCGGUCGUAUGAUCGAUCAUAUGACCGAGAGUCCAAAAGGUCACGCAGAGAUUGA